GAGGACCUUGGGACCGCACGACGAGAACAUAUUUCAACGGCAGACGACCAACUCCAUAGGCGGACUAGACUACAAGACAUCGAAGCAGGGAGGUUGGCGAAUGUACCAGGCUCAGAGGCCCAGCGAAUGGCCAAAGAAAAUGAGACGUUACUCGCGGGUUGGGCAAGUGAUACCGAGGACCUCGAGCAUCUCGACACCCUCUUGGACGGUCAAACCCACCGCCUUGCCUUGAACGCGACCAUCCGUGAAGGCGGUGCGAGGGCUGGAAGAGGGGAUGGGAGGCAUUUCGGGGCUACUUCAUCGACCAGGGCAUCGCGCUCGGUAGGCCGCGGCGGUGGUGUUAUGGGAACUCGAGGACGUGGAACAACUCAGGGCUCCAUGGCGUCAUCAAACUCAACCCUCGGACCUUACCGGGUUGUUCUACCCCCAACGAGAUCACACCUAGACCCAGCUCUUGAUAACUCCAACGACUUCUACAGGGUGACCCGCGAAGGGAAUGCGUCUAAGAAAGAAGAAGCAGUGAAAGGGCAUCAAAAGCAACUCCAUGUUCGAAAGCCAACACCUGCUAUCCGAGCCAGAAGGCCUAUGGUUGACUAUGGGCGCCUCAUCAGCCCACCUGAAAGUUUUUUGGCUGCUGCUCGCAAUGUAGUUAGCACAACAACUGCAGGAGUCGCUCCCACUGGUGCUGCCGAGGCUUUUGACGAUAAUAGGCCCCAGGUCAGUACAGAACCAUGCGAUACAGCAGGUGCCAGUGACCAUCCUAGCCCUUCGAAGGUGCUGGAGCGCCUGGGAUAUCAAAUCCCUGCACGCCCUCAGGCUGCCACUCGUUCAGAAGACCCGUUCACUACUCAGAGAGCGUCUUCGCAGCGCCAGGAUAUAGCCAGAGAACAUGAGCCGCUCCCCCUUCGACUGUCUCCGACCGUACAGGUUACAGCAUCCCAAGAAGAAAGAUCUCCAUUGAUGAGCUUAAAGACAGAAGAGUCUGUUUCUGAGUUGCUGAAAAGCCAAACUCAGGUGAAAGAGCAAGUUACGUCCGGCAUAUCUACACCAAAGAAGAUUGAGAAAUUAUCGCCAGGGGAAAAUCCUGCAAUCGGAGAUGAAGGUAGCAGAUCGAUAGCUGCCAGCAGUGCCACCGAUGCCCUUUUGCUUGAUAUUAGUCUUACACCACCGAAGCAAAUGCCCCUUGGCCAAAGUCCUUUUUCCUCGGCAAUGCUGAGUCCCACUUUGGAAGAUCUGAAAGGCCUUACAUUUGAAGACCUUGAGCCUCUACAAGACCCAGUCUCGCAUGACUCCGCCCCUAGGAACCAACCUGGUGAAUCGAAGUCUGCAUAUAAUUUGCAGCGUCAAAUUGACAUCCUUUGCGAACUCUUGGAAUCAACUUCGCUAUCUGAUGUGAGCCGUGAGAACUUGAAGCAAUGCAAGGACGAGCUCCAAGGAAAGAUGAGCAAGCAUAGCCCCACUGAUGAAACAAAAGGAAAGAGGGUCCUUUUUCCCGGAGAGCACAUCCCUCAAGGUCUCAAGACGGUAGCCGAACCAGGCGAUCAAUCGAGCCUCGAUUUGCUGGACAUGCAGGAUACUCCCAUGGAGAGUGUAAGGCUAGAUACCACUCAGAGCCUGAGCCCUCAAAGCCGACUGAAUGUGACAGCGCCGCCAUUCUUUCCUCUCAUGCCGUAUCGCUCCCCUUCAGGUAGCCUUUCAAGUGAGUCAACAUGCAUCCCGCAAACGCCCUGUCCACACCGUCGGGUUGCGGAAGGCCAUCAUAUCAUCGGGGAUCAUCUCCUCCCAGGGAGGCAUUCAAACUCCAUGGUUACUGGUCCUGACCCGCUAGUGGCGAAGCAGCUACAACCCGGUAUUCAUCCUGAGCCUCGUGUCAAGUUCUCGAUCCCGCAGCAACCUUCGCUGACAUUGGCUCCUAAACCUCCAGUUAUGGAAGCGUUUCGCUCGGAUGAUGCCGUUGAAAAUAUCCAGCCACGCACCAACCCCUCGCCUGAAUUACAGCGAUCAAUCCAUGCCCCGAGUCCGAAGCCAUUGCCGAGGCCAUUGCCGAAGCCCAAGGCCUUGGGCGGCCUGGAAAGCUCUCGGUACGCAAACCCCUCUAGCAACAAGCCGUUCCGCUGAGUU